AACACAUCAAAGCUCCAGGUUACAGGAAUUGGGACAAAACAUGUCCUAAUACGCUUCGCAAAACCAACAACGGAGGCUGUCCCCGUCCUCUGUGACUGUAUCUUUCAAUUUUACCCAACAACACGACACGUAGGACGCCACGUCAUCUGACAUACCCCCCUCUCUCUUCCUUUACGUUAAAUUUCAUCGGCGCCGACUUGAACUCCUCAACGCCCGCGCUUCUCCAUUUCUCUCUCUUCAGACAGCGCGGAAAGAGAGGCAAAGAAAAGGAGAAAAAGAGAAAGUAAAAGAGAGGGAACGCCGAGCGAGACAAGAGGUCCAGUUCUGGAAGUCUGGGGUUUUGACUGUAAAGCCUUAAAGCGCACGAAACCAACCACCAAAGAGCCAAAGACCCCGGGACCCAAAGACCCGUCUCUACCAUUCUUCCAUACCAUUUUUCAAAACUUGAACAGACACAACAACUGGAAGAAGAACCAAAGACCAGAACUUUUUGCCCCACGUCAAUGGAGUUUUCAUUUCCCAUACUUGGUCUCUUCCAAGCUUCGUUGAUGGUCUUUCUUUAGUACUACUUCUCUAGCUCUUCUCAAACAAUCUCUGCCCUUUCUUUCUUUAUUGCUUUCUUCUCUUUUUCUUUUGAGUACUCCCUAUGCAUUCUGGCUCACUUUUGAUCUAAGGGUAUGUUUCUAUCACGUGAUUUCCAUCCCGAUCUGCUUUCUUCUUUUUCUUUUCUCUAAUUCUGAACUUUCAUUUUCUGCAUCAUGCUCUGCUCUGAAUCUGAAUGUUGCUCUUGACCAAUGAUUAUGUUCUCUUCAUUUGCAUAUUUCAUUGUUCAUUCUUUGGUAGAUUUUCAAGCUGUUUAUAUACAUUUUAAUACUUUCGUUGACUGUGUUAUUUGUGGAUGCUGAUUAACCAGUAAGGUGAAUUUCUUUCUUUUUGUUCUUCUUGGGAAAACUUGUAUGUUUGAGCAAAUUGAUAUCUUUGCCAAAGCUCGUUACUAGUAGAUCUAUUAAUAAUCAUUCAGCUUUGCAAGAUCUCUUGUCCCUUUGCUUGGCUUGAUAAGGCAACUUCAACAGUUCAACCCCACUUCACGUUAUAUCUGCUAUGCCUUGAGAUGUUUGUACUUCACAGUUCUCUACUCUUUCGCCUUUAAAUUCUUGCACCCCACUUUUCUGAUUAAAUUCUUCCUGCCUCUCCAUUGACUUAUUCGUUCCAUGUGACCAUGGCUUCGUUUAGUAUUUUUCUUUUUUCAAUUUGAAGUUUCCAUCCUCUCUUCCUUAUUAAGUGUCUUCUCUGGUGCAGUUGGUUUCACUUCUACAUAAAGUUUUAGAUCCUCUCUCUUGUUUAAGUUAUUAUUUAAAUCUUUUGUUAUGUAGCAUAAAAUCAUUGAGAAUUGCCAUGAAAAUGCCUCGUCUAAUAUACUCAAAGUCUGUCUUGUAUCUGUUUUUUGAUAGAUCAUCCAUAGAAUGGAAUUUGGUUGGCAUUAUUCCGGAGUCAUGAAGUACGGUGGGAGAUUUUUGUUUUACUGCCAGGACAUUACCCGUGGUUGAAAGCUGCCUUUUGGAUAAUUUGACUGUGGCAGAAUUAAUGGUGGACAUCUGAUCACAGGUUAACUACAUCUACAUAUCUGGAGCAAUAUGGCCAGUGGAACAACUCCUAAAGUUCGAUUAGUUAGAUGUCCUAAAUGUCGAUUGGUUCUUCCGGAAGUGGCAGAUGUUCCUGUAUAUAAGUGUGGAGGGUGUGAUGCAAUUCUUGUAGCCAAAAAUCAAAAAGCCAUUGCCAAAAGCAUGUCUGUCUUGCAAGAAACAGAAGCUGCUCAGGGAAAUAAAUUGGUUCAUGUGUCUGAACAUGGAGAAUCUAGCAGCUCAACUCUGCAGGAAGUUCCUUCUUCCACUCCAGAGUGUCACUUAAGUCAAGAAAGUGGGGGGGAUCAGAACAUUUCUAGAGACUCUCAUAGUGAAAAGCAUGGUGAGAACUUAUCAAUCGAAGGGCAACAUAAUGAUCACUAUGACAAGGAUCAAAAUACAUCCAGUGAUAGUGAAAGUGGGGGGAAUCAGAACAUUUCUAGAGACUCUCACAGUGAGAAGCAUGGUGAGAACUUAUCAAUUGAAGGGCAACAUAAUGAUCACUAUGACAAGGAUCAAAAUACAUCCAGUGAUAGUGAAAGUGGGGGGAAUCAGAAUAUUUCUGGAGACUCUCAUAGUGAGAAGCAUGGUGAGAACUUAUCAAUCGAAGGGCAACAUAAUGAUCACUAUGACAAGGAUCAAAAUACAUCCAGUGAUAGUGAAAGUGGGGGGAAUCAAAACAUUUCUGGAGACUCUCACAGUGAGAAGCAUGGUGAGAACUUAUCAAUCGAAGGGCAACAUAAUGAUCACUAUGACAAGGAUCAAAAUACAUCCUGUGAUAGUGAAAGUGGGGGGAAUCAGAACAUUUCUAGAGACUCUCUCAGUGAGAAGCAUGGUGAGAACUUAUCAAUCAAAGGGCAACAUAAUUAUCACUAUGACAAGGAUCAAAAUACAUCCAGUGAUAGUGAAAGUGGGGGGAAUCAGAACAUUUCUAGAGACUCUCACAGUGAGAAUCAUGGUGAAAACUUAUCAAUUGAAGGGCAACAUAAUGAUCACUAUGACAAGGAUCAAAAUACAUCCUGUGAUAGUGAAAGUGGGGGGAAUCAGAACAUUUCUAGAGACUCUCACAGUGAGAAGCAUGGUGAGAACUUAUCAUUUGAAGGGCAACAUAAUGAUCACUAUGACGAGGAUCAAAAUACAUCUGGUGAUAGUGAUAGUGAUCAUGAUAAGCUUGAUGUAAAUAGAUCAAAUGAUGGGCAGCAAAAUGGAAGUGAGCAGUUACAGUUGGAACAUUUAGAAUAUUGCGAUGUUCAACAGCCAGGAGUUUCCAUGGAAAGUUCGUUUUCCACUGAGCUUCAUCGUGAGAAUGAAGAGUUAAUGUUGCUAGCAGAAGCAAAUUUAGAAGCAGAGACAAAUGACAAGACCUCCCAGUUAGAAGGUGUAAAUUCAGAAUUAGAGACUAAUGACAAGAGUGACUCCAACAUCAGGGGCUUGAGCAUUGACAACCCACUUGCUACAAAAGAAAUUAAUUUAACUGUUACUGCUUGUGCAGCAGCAGGGGCAGUCAUUUCAUCAGAUAAUCUGGAGCAACCUCAGAAAAGUGAAGAUCGUGGGUUUAACCGUAUAAGGUCUUCAGAUACUUUUGAAAGUGGAGAUUUUUUCAGCCCGAGUUCUGAGCUCAGUGGUCAUCUUGAAUAUUUGUCUAAAUCCACUACCACCAGAAGCUCUCAUGCUUAUGAUGGCAGUAUCUCUUCUUAUGAUGGAAUGGAUGAUCACUUCACUGACCAGCAAAUAAAUUCAUUUAAGAAUAAUUAUAAGGCUGCUAACUAUCUUGUUCCUGAAGACAGUCGCAGAAGGGACAAGUUGCCAGUCAAAGGCAUGAUGAAUGGUAAUUAUGGAAUGCAGGAUCAUGCUAGAAAUUUCUCGUCAGAUUUGUCCAAUAAGCGACAUUAUGCCACAGAAAAAUACCGCAAGUGGCGUCGAGAUGAACUGCUAGAACCUGAAAUGCACCACCAUCCGCCUAGAAACUGGCAAAGACUAGAAAGAGAUGAAUCUCCAUCUCAAAUUCCUUUCUCUCAAAGGGCUUCCUUGCGUGGCUAUGAAAGUGCUGGCCCUUCACGUCAAUUGCAUGAUGAGUCCCCUUUUGAUUCAGCCUUCUAUCCUCUUGAGAAGGCCGAGUACACUGAACAGGAAAAUAUGAAACUGUUAAGAAUGGUGUACGAACUGCAGGAUCAAAUUAGCAAAACAUGCCAUCUGAAUGGAAAGCCCAAUGGAAGGACUUCCACUAAUGUACCUUGGAGGCAAAAGCAUAUUCCUACAUAUUACUAUCAGGAACCCCCGGAGGAAGAAAAUUUUUAUCCUAGGUAUCAUGGAAGACACGGACCAAGGAGCAGCUGGAGCCAGCAAAGUAGAUUCUCGCCUAUACCAUUCUCAGGAGGUGAAAUAAACACUAGACAUCACAUUGAUAACUCCUGUUUAUGCUGCCAUCCUCAAGACUGGCACUGUUCAGAACAGUUGCCUCCACCCAUCUUUCAGCAUAACCAAGGAUUUUGGAGAGCCCACCCUGGUCAAAGUUGUUACAAUUCCUACAGCUCUUGCCCCUCUAGUCCUCAAAGAUAUUUGGAGUCUGAUUUUUCCAUUUGGAGCCAUGAAACAAAAUCUGAUAAUCAGAGAUAUAAGGAUCAUGAGCUGAAGAGGUAUUUGAGGGAGAAACAUCAUUCAGCUAGGCGACAUCUCCGGCCCAUGGCAGGUGGGGCACCUUUUGUAACUUGUUAUCAUUGCUUCAGACCAUUGCAGUUACCUGCAGAUUUUCUCCUUUUCAAAAGCAGGUUCCAUCAGCUAAGAUGUGGUGCUUGUUCAAAGGUACUUAAGUUUUCGCUUCAAAAAGGAAUGCAUAUAGUUCCUUAUGACUUAGUUGCUGCAGAACCUCCACCAAGUGAGACUGAGGACUGUGGAGAUGUGAUUGAUGUAAGAAUUUCAACAUCAGCAUCUUGUAGCUGCUCCCCUGAUGGAGGUCCUGUUUCUCAUGCACAAUUUCAUGAUCUUCAGGGUGAUCCUCAUGUCAGAAAUAUGUCCUUUAGUUCUUCAAAACCUCUGGAACAGAAAAAGGACUUUGCUUUGGAGCAGUCUCGAAACAAACAUAAGAAUUCAGUGGAAAAUUUUGAUUCAGCUAUGUCUUCCUCGAAUAUGUCCAGGUCGGAGAAAGUGUCCUCAGGAAUUGAAGAGUUGCCACCAAGAACUGGAGGUUCACCACUUCAUCAACUCAUGGGCUAUGCUUCACCAAGUCUAAUAAUAAAUGGAUUUGGACCAUCCAUCUCUGGCAAAAGCUCAGGAUUAAAUAGCUGAGUAAUAUUUUUCCAAGGUAAUUGCAUCUGGCAAGGGCUAAAUUUUCAUGGCAAGUUGCAGUAGUUGAAAAGGCUCAGUGACCUAUUUCCAUGAUUGAAGCUUUGAAGUGUUAUGUGCUGAAAUGGAAGAAUCACCAUAAGUUGAGACUCCGAAAUGAAAAAGGAGCAGCAUGGAUGGAAUGGGAUUGAUCUGAUUGCUUUGUAUUAGAGAAGAGAAGUGAAGCAGAACUAAGGUUUUGGUUUAUGAUUCUGAAGGCGCUUAUACAGGAUACAUUUACUUGAUUUGUUUAUUCAUGUAAAGUAUAGUUGAUCCUGGAUCAUGUAUAAAUGAUAGGAAAGACAUCUCAUCUUUUUAUAUUUACAGAAUGAGAUUUAAUGUAUAUCUUUUGUUGCGCUUAUCCUCA